AGUCUCUCUUCCUCAAUAAUUGCGCAGAACAAACCGGUACGUUGUGCGUACUUGGAGCCUUUUUAAUCACCGGAACCGUAUUAACCGUUAUUCGGAACGUGUUUCCAUCAUGCCCAUAAGUGGGAGCAUAGAGUGCGAACAUUUUGAAGAGCGGGAGAAGAAAUACCGACGUUCAGUGAUCUCCCGGUGCGUGCCCCGCACUAACGGUAACAACGGUAAUAACGGUAAUAACGGUCACAGCUGGGUCGCGAGUCCUGCACACAGCGCGCACUGCAGCCUGUACCGCGCGCGCACGCUGCAGUCGCUGUCGGCGGAGAAGCGCGCGCGCAGAGUGCGCUUUUACCGCAACGGAGAUCGGCACUACCAGGGAUUACCAUACGCCGUGUCCGCUGAUCGGUUCCGCUCUCUGGACGCACUGCUGGUCGAACUCACCCGCUCACUGUCGGACGGAGUGAACCUGCCACAGGGGGUGCGCUGCAUUUACACCAUAGACGGGACCAGAAGGAUCACCAGUUUAGAUGAACUUGUAGAAGGUGAGAGCUACGUCUGCGCCUCCAACGAGCCCUACCGCAGAGUGAACUACAUCAAGAACACUAACCCCAACUGGUCUGUGAAUGUAAAGUUUGGUACAUCACGCUCUCUCUCCUCUUUACCCACACUGAGGAAUGAGUUAAAGGAGAGAGAGAACAAAGAUUUCAUCAGGCCCAAACUGGUGACUGUUAUACGGAGCGGAGUGAAACCUCGCAAAGCUGUCCGGAUUCUGCUCAACAAGAAAACGGCUCACUCGUUUGAACAAGUGCUCACCGACAUCAGCGAUGCCAUCAAACUGGACUCGGGAGUGGUCAAGAGACUCUACACUCUGGAGGGAAAACAGGUGACGUGUCUGCAGGACCUCUUUGGUGAUCAUGAUGUGUUUAUUGCAUGUGGACCUGAGAAGCAUCGCUAUGCACAGGAUGAUUUUGUGUUGGAUCCCAGUGGUAAGGCUUCUGCAGCCUUUCUAAAUGAGUGCCGUGUGCUAAAAUCAUCAUUUACUCCUCGCUCCACUACUCCAGUCAGAUCCAGCGGCCGUAAGAGUCCAGGACGCCGCAGCAAAUCACCUGGAUCAGUGAGAAAAACUGCUAUGCACGUGUCCACCAGCAGUCAGUCUCCAGUCAAAUCCCCAAUAAACGGAGAAGUGAGUCAGAUCUCCACCUCCAAAUCCACUAAGUCAUCCGGCUCGUCCCCCACGAGUCCCCACAGCACACACAACUUCAAGAUUACAGAUUCUCUUCUUGCUCAUCACUCCUCCACAUCCAACGUGAGCCUCUCCUCCUACGAACCUCAACAUCACACCACCAGCACCAGCCCUGAGGUUAAUGGCAAUGGAAAUCUGACGGCGUCUGUCAUUUCAAAGAAAUACAAAGUGGGUAAAGUAAUUGGUGAUGGAAACUUUGCUGUGGUAAAGGAAUGUGUUGAACGGUCAACUGGAAAGGAGUUUGCAUUAAAGAUCAUUGACAAGAUCAAGUGUCGAGGCAAAGAGCAUCUGAUCGAAAGCGAGGUGGCCGUGCUGAGGCGAGUCAAACACCCCAACAUUAUCAUGCUAAUAGAGGAAGUGGAUACACCUUCAGAUCUCUAUCUGGUCAUGGAGCUUGUCAAGGGAGGAGAUCUGUUUGAUGCCAUCACAUCCUCGACCAAGUACACAGAGAAGGACGCCAGUUCCAUGGUGUACAAUCUGGCAGCAGCUCUCAAAUAUUUACACAGAAUGAGCAUCGUACACAGAGACAUCAAACCCGAAAACCUACUGGUGUGUGACUAUCCUAAUGGUACCAAGUCUCUAAAGCUAGGUGAUUUUGGAUUGGCCACGGUGGUGGAGGGGCCACUGUACACCGUGUGUGGGACUCCCACUUACGUCGCUCCAGAGAUUAUAAUCGAGUCGGGGUAUGGCAUAAAGGUGGACAUUUGGGCAGCAGGUGUGAUUACCUACAUCCUGCUGUGUGGUUUCCCGCCUUUCCGCAGUGAGAAUAAUGCGCAGGAGGAGCUGUUCGAUCAGAUCCUGCAGGGGCGUGUGGAGUUCCCCUCGCCAUACUGGGACAACAUCACAGACUCCGCCAAGGAGCUGAUUGGCCGAAUGCUUCAGGUGAACCCUGAGGUGAGGUACACAGCAGAGGAUGUGCUGUUCCAUCCCUGGCUCACAGAGGAAGCUGCGGUAGACAACAACAUGAAGAUAGAGGUGACCGGGAAACUCAAGACACACUUUACCUCGGCACAGAAAGACACCAACACAACUGCUGGAGUGUCUGUUAUUAUGAACACGGCUCUAGAUAAGGAAAAGCUGCAGCUGUGUCGUCGCAGGCAGGAGACUCAGGAGAACAGCGCCACCCUUCUUAAUGUUAAUGAAGGAUCAGCACAGAGAAGACAAUCCUUGGGCCUAUCAGAAGACUCCAAAAGCUCAGGAGUGUCCCCACUUCAGGAUUUACCCUUCUUAUUGCCCUCCUCCCCCUUUUCUCCUCAGUGUAGUGAAGAGCCCAGCGCUAAACCAGCCUUCCAGCGGGAGGAGUAGCUCCACUAAGAGCCUAAAGAAUAGGAACAGGAAAGAGUAUGGACAAAAACAUUCACACAUUCUAUUAAAUUUCAUUCCAACUUUU